UCUUUUCUAAUGCAACAACAGCCCAGCACCUGGGAUCCCCAAUGCCCACCCGAACCACCUUGCGUCGCCUUCGAACGAGACGAAAUCGAGAGGUUGGGGAGCUCAGGUCCCCACUUGCCAGGUUCGAGGCCAUCGUCCAAUCAUUUCUCGAGCCUGUCAAGGGAGCGGCCGGAUUUCAGGCCCUGGAUUGGGUGGGAGGGGCUGGAGAGGGGCCCCUACACCGAACAAUGGCGACACUGACCUGGGCGGGAAACACAUCUGCCAUCCUCCUCUUCUACCUUAACAGUCCCUCCCCCCUACGGAUAACCGUAUCUCCCUUCCGUCCUACACCUCUUCCUCCCCCCUGUCCCGGUGUUCCCAAGUACCCAUGCGCGCCCCAUCUCAACCCGCGUCGUUCGUGUUUUAGGAAACAAGCGUGUCUGCCCCUCGGACGUUUAAGUGGUUGCAUCUUUAGUCACGGGACCAAUCUCAAGCACGAGAAUGGAAGGCGGGGUCCUCUUCUUUGCUGCGUCUUCUUUCCACUUUUGAACGUAAACAAACAAACACUUCUCUCUCUCUCUCUCUCUUCAGGUUUCCGAAAAGAAAAAAAGCCUUGCGCGAUCCAAUCAAAGUGUCUCACCGACAAAGCCUCGGGAGCAUCCGAUUCGACAACGACGCCAACGAGACGCGGGAUAGUGUGGGCAAGGGAACCCAAGACUCGCGUCCCAAGGGGGGGUGCUAUGAUGUGAAGUAACAAGUACCCAUCACAGUAAAUCCACGCACAAGAUGUACAUAGCCAUAUAACAGAGCAAGGCACAAAAACCCCUACCAAGAACUGCCAAAACGUAGCUAGGCUCUAGUAUUGUUAAUAGUUCACCUCACACUUUAUCAGGACGAACCUCAAA